AUGUCGCCGACUGCCGAUGCAAAGGUUGAUAAAUAUAAUUGUGUCUUGGCGAGCGUUACCAUAUCGUCGAAUAACCUAAAUCAUCCCGCACUAUCCUAUACACCAUCUUCGUCUAUAUCGUAAGUAUAAGUGCCUAUACAAAAUACGGUUAUCGAUAGACAAAGAGUUAUAAUAAUAGACAACGGACCUGCACAGGCCUGUGUGGCAAGGGUCUGUAACGUCCUUCUCUCCCCCGCCCCUCUUCCCACUGACGAAUAUUUGUACAAUAUUAUUUCGCGGCCGCGCGCUCGCCUCCUCUCCUCCGCCCGUCUACCCACCGUUACAAACAAUUUUUGUCAACCGCAAUAUAAUCUAGAAAUGUAGGAAAUAAUUACUAUUUACACCGUUAAAUAUUAUCGGAUUAUUGAUCCGUGACCACAACGACGGGAUGAUCGAUCGUCAGUAGUGAUUUUACUACACACCAGUGUUCAAGUGAUUUAUGUUUUUCUCUCGCGAACACCGUUUUUUUUUUCUAAGUCAUAAUAAUUUUCGUUGCUGAUUAACAGCAAAGUUUUUAACGUCAAACGUAUUAUGACUCGCCACGCUUAAUCGCACGACGGAGUAAAAUUACAAUGUGCUCUGUGUCCGAAAUUGUUCGCGCGUAAAGACAACCACGAUAUACACGUUAAAAUUGUUCAUCGUGACGGAAGAGUCGCCACGCCGGCUAUUCCCCCGCAGGCCGGACCAUCUACAGUAUCAUCGACUUCAACCGUGUCAUGGACUACCGACGAAGAAAAUGACGAGCUGUUUAUGGAAAUCGAAAUGUAUGUUUACGACGGUAAGAUUUAUUUUAUUAUUACACUUUUCGAUUUAUGGCGCCGAGUCUAUCGUCUCUCGCAUCGUACCUACACACAUCCGAUUUUGAGAAGUUUUGCGAAUCCAAAAUGUAUUUAACAUCGAAAACAUGCGGCUUGUAACUCGUAAGGGAGUGUACCCGUAAGAAGUACACGGAUAGCUGGGAGAAAUUGGAAGACGAAAUUUUACCGGAGAAAGAGUAAUUUUAGAGCACGUUGACCGAUAUAAAUAUCAAGGAUGUGGAGUACAUUGACGCGAAAAUCGUAUGGAGCCAUUUCAACUGUCGUACACUUGGCGAGAACAGUGACUUGUAUUUGAAAAUCGACGUUAAAAACCGAAUAUUAUCGUAUAAAAACUAAAACCGCGAUAUUUGUAUGACGACAUACAAUUUGGAUCCGGCCUACUACUACACGGCGCCCGGAUUCAGUUUCGACUGUAUGUUGUAAUGGAAAUACGCCAUGGUAGAACUUGAACUUCUUUCCGACUACGAUAUGCUGUUAACGUUCGAUAAAGGUAUACGUGGUGGACUGGUGUAGGCGAGUAUGCGGUAUGGAAAGGCGAAUAAUUAUACGGUGUCGGACUAUGACAGAACAAAAGACGAUUCGUGGAUUUUAUACCAGGAUUGUAAGUAUAUAUAUUAUUUAAAAAAUAUAUAUGUAAAGAAAGACUUUCUUUAUUUAAAAUUUGCCGCGCUUCAUGUAUUACACACGCCUUUUAAUUAACCCCGCUAGGUGGAACAAUAGAUAAGAUGACUAGCAAAUUUUGAUUACAGAAGUGAAUUUUUUAUAAUAAUUUUUAGAAUAAUUGAGUAAGCCAAAGAGUGAUAAUAAUAAACUUUAAUUGUUGUUUCUUUUGUUUCACAGGUAAUCUUGUAAUUAUUUAAAUUAUUGUACAUAAUCUAUGCAAAUAAAACUUAAUUAAAACUUUUGUUUCACAGAGAAACUAAACUGAUUAUUAUUAUCAAUAGAAAAUAUAACACCUUCAUAAUAUAUAUAUCAGUCACUUAUAAUUUUUUUUACUGUUUGUUUUAGGUAACAAUUUGUACGGGUGGGCCAUGUCACAGUACAUGCCCCAUGACGGGUUCCAGUGGAAGGAAUCUACAUUAGACGGUUUGGAGGAUCUGACAGACACUUCUGAUAUCGGGCGGGUAUACGAGGUGGAUAUAUAGCAUACCCGAAACACCUACACGUGGACCACAACGACUUACUUUACUUGCUGAAUAACGGAUUGCCACCAGGCUCUAAGGUGAAAUAAUUGAUGGCGACGUUGGAAGAGAAAAAAAAUUACAUUAUACACUACAGCAAUUUGAAGCAGGCUAUAGCUAAUGUACUGAUUGUUAAAAAGGUAAAUACUUUAAUUUUUUUUUCUUAUUAAUUUUAUUUAUUUAUUAUAUUUUUUGUAUUAUUUAUGUUAUAGGCAAAUAGAGUUCUAGAGUUUAAACAGUCGCCUUGGCUUGCAAAAUACAUUAGUUUAAAUACAGAGAUGAGGAAGAAGGCAGUUAAUGAUUUUAAAAUAGAUUUCUACAAACUUAUGAACAAUGCUGUUUUCGGUAAGUUCUUCUUCUUAUUAUUAUUAAAAAUUGACUGUUAUUAUAUUAUUAUAAUUUUCUAGGUAAUUUUCUAGAUGGAAUCAAUUUGACGGAGGAUAGACAUUGA